AUGGUCAGACUUACUUUCCCGGCCCUGGCCAUGCUGUCGUUGUUGCCAUUCGUCACUGCUGCUCCAGCGGCAGCAAGUCCGGACAACGUGGAAAUCGUCCCUUUCUCCAUCGAGAAAUGGGCUACCGACAUUGGCAACGAUCCCGAUGGAGACCAUCUUUCUGUCCAAGAAGCUGUCAUUGCAUUUGAAGCUACAUUGAACAGCACUCGACUGCAAAAGCGAUCUCCUAUCUGCAAUCACAUUCCUUUCAAGGAAUGCCGUAUUGCGGAUGCGGUGGCGUGUAUCAACGAGGCCAGCCGAAAAGGGUCACAAUCUGCCAACAUCGCAGCAGGACAAGCCUCCCGAUCCUGGUGUGGUCGUGGUACAGCGCAGCUGUGGGCGUCAACGAAUGGCGCCUUCUUGCAACAGGUGAAGCAGAUCACUUACCUCCAAGUAGCCCAGUCUGGCGGCAAGAUUAUGGAUCACUGCACGAGAGCUGAUGGCAGGGUGCAAGGAUCGUGGGUCUUCAACCAGCAGAUCAAUGUUGUUCUCUCCACCAGACUCAAUUGA